AUGAAUGAGACGGAUGACGAUGAGGGCAUCUCUCUCAACGACGAGCUCUACGGUAACAACAACAAUAACGUCACUGCCGUUGCGCUGGCCAAUCAGGAAGCCACUUGGGGAUUCGACGGCUUGGGCGAAGAUGACAACACUACCUCCGUCAACACGCCUGCGGCCUCUGACCGUCCAGAUGUUGGCUCGGAUGUCGAAGAUCGGUCCAUGGAUCUGGAUCAUGACGCGUUCGACAACGAUGACUCCAUGCCACCAUUGAUGGAUGAUGACCAAACGCAAUUCGACGGAGCAAUCUCCAGCGCACACCAAGACGGGUAA